AUGCUCACCAGUAUAUAUACAAGCGUAUUAUCACAGAUAAUCCGAGAAGCAAAAGAUUCAAAGGGAGAGCUCGCAGUUGUCUGGCUGGAUUUAGCGAAUGCAUAUGGGACAGUACCACACAAGUUAGUUGAGCUGAUGCUGGAGAGAUACCAUGUACCUGACGGUGUAAGAGAGCUGAUAAGAGAGUACUUCAACCAUCUGCAGCUGAGAUUUACCGUUGAGGAUUUUACAACAUCAUGGCAACGUUUAGAAGUGGGAAUAGUGACAGGAUGCACGAUAUCUGUCAUCCUUUUCUCCCCAGCAAUGAAUAUGAUUGUGAAGUCAGUAGAGAAGAAGAGCAGAGGUCCAUGGAUGAAGUCAGGAGUACGGCAACCACCAGGAAGAGCAUUCAUGGAUGAUAUGACAAUAAGCACAAAGACAGUUAUCGAAGCCAGGUGGACACUACAAGAGCUUGAUAAGAUGAUCACCUGGGCAAGAAUGAAAGUGAAGCCUAGCAAAUCCAGAAGUUUGGUAGUGAAGAAUGGUAAAGUCAAGGAGGAAAGGUUUAAAAUAGGAGACGAAAUAAUACCAACAGUCUCAGAGAAGCCAGUUAAGUGUCUCGGAAAAUGGUUCAACAACACCUUGUCAGAUAAGUUGAAUGUGGAAGAUACAUAUAAGCAGUUGGACGACUGGUUAAAGGCAGUAGAUAAGAGUGGACUACCAGGAAAGUACAAGGCAUGGAUUUACCAGCAUGGGAUAUUGCCUCGGCUGCUGUGGCCACUUCUUGUGUAUGAUGUACCAAUGACAACGGUAGAGGGAAUGGAAAGAAUAUCAAACAGUUACUUACGUAGAUGGCUUGGAGUACCACGCAGUUUCAGCAGUGUGGGCCUAUACAGUUUAGGAACCAAGUUACAGCUACCACUCAAGUCAAUCACUGAGGAAUUCAAGGUGACCAAAGUUAGACAACAUCUGACGUUAAAAAACAGCAGGGAUGAGAAAGUACGAUCAGCAAAAGUAGAAAUAAGAACUGGAAGGAAGUGGUCAACAAAGAAGACGAUAGAAGAUGCUGAGUCACGAUUAAAACACAGUGAGAUAGUGGGCAGAGUUGCAGUUGGAAGACAGGGGCUGGAUGUUACACCUACAGCAAAAUGGAGAACAGCAACAGUGGAAGAAAAAAGACAUCUAGUACAGAAAGAGGUACGAUCAAUGGAAGAAGAAAGUAGAAUGGUAAAGGCAGUGAGUAUGAAGAAGCAGGGAAGCUGGUUAAACUGGGAGGGAGCAAGACAGCAGAAGUUAGGAUGGAAUGAGAUCUGGAAGAUGGAGCCACAUAGGUUGCAAUUUAAGCUGAAGUCAGUAUAUGAUGUAUUGCCAAGCCCAACAAAUCUAGCAACAUGGGGAUUGAUAGAUGACCCAAAGUGUGUUCUUUGUGGUAAGCCAGCAAACUUGGAGCACAUCUUAUCAUCAUGCUCGAGUGCUUUGAAAGACGGGAGGUAUACAUGGCGACACGACAAGGUAUUAGGGACACUAGCAGACACCCUAGAGAGAAACAUCAGGAAGCCAAGGAAAAACAAGGAAGGACUUACUUUUGUCAAUUUUGUUAAGGAAGGAGAGAAAGGUCAGAAGAAGAAGGUGGAAGGAAGUGGUUUAUUGGUAACAGCAACUGAUUGGCAAAUGUUGGUAGAUCUUAAACAGAAGCUACAAUUCCCUCCACAGAUUGCAGUAACAAACCAGAGACCUGACAUCGUCAUUUGGUCCGCCUCAACAAAACAGGCAAUCCUGCUGGAACUAACUGUACCAUGGGAAGAAAGAAUAAAAGAUGCCUACGAGAGAAAGAGACUGAAGUACCAAGAUCUACUUGCAGAAUGUAGAGACAAUGGAUGGCGGGUUUGGUUAUUUCCAGUGGAAGUGGGAAGCAGAGGGUUUGUUGGACAGUCUAUGUGGCGAGCAUUGAGAGCACUUGGUAUUGUUGGAGGGGAAAGAAGUAAACUGAUAGGGAACUUGUGUAAAGAGGCAGAGACAGCAUCGAUGUGGUUAUGGAGGAAAAGGUCAGAACAGUGGAAGCAGUAA